AAACAUUAAACGCCCAAGAAAUAAAUAGUCAACAACCACACCUAAUCUUCAAUCUUGUAUUAGAAAAAAGGCGCCGCUUCAAACUCUGUAUCUUCUUCACCAUCUUGUCUCCUCCGUCCACAUUUAUCUUUUGUCUUCUGUUUUCUCAUCCUCGUUUCUAUCAAUGGUGAUCAAAUAGAUACAUCGAUGAGAAAACACUGUUAAUGGAAGGUAGAGAAUUCAGGACACGUGGCUUACAAGAAAGUAGUAGAGUUGAGCAUUAAAGUGUAACCAAUGAAUGAGCUUUGAGCUGUUUGAGAUGCUUCCUCUCUUCUCUUGUAUAGAGAGAAGCAGAGAGAGAGAGAGAGAGCAAUAACUAUGAUCUCGAUUUUAACCCACAACAUCACAUUCAAGACAGAGAUCCAAAACCCCACAUGGCCUUAUUUCCCAAUAUCAACACAUCAUUUUACAAUUUGCUCUCUCUCUCUCUAUCUCUCUGUCUUUAAAGAAACCUUUCUUCAUUACAUUGUUCCUCCUCCUCCUCAAUCUCUCAUUCUCUCUUAAGAAGAUGAAGACAUCAAGCUUUGUCUUCCUUUUGGUUGUAAUAAUCCUAAGCUUCUCACUAGCUUCCUCUGAAAUGAAACUGAGGUUGGAGGAUUACAAUUUUCCAGUGGAUCCAACUCCGACGACAAAAGCUACGAUAAAACCAGGUCCUAUUGAGCAUGGAACUCCUCUCAAUCCUUAUAUUCCUAAGCCUCCUUCUUCUUCUUCUCCUCCUCCACAACAACAACCUCAAGACGGUGGAUGAUAAUAUCAUAAACACCAAAUCUUUUCUUUAAUUUAAUUUCCCCGUGAUCUACGCACCGUUUGUAGUUAAAAUUCCCACGUUUUUUUCUUUCUUUAAUCUCUCUUGUGUACUAACAUUGUCCGUUUUCUACUCGCUAUGUUAAUUAAUUUCCUUUAUCUGCUGCA